AAAAAUAGUAAACUUAAAAACAAAAAUGGUUAUAGAGAUUUUUAAUUAACAAAAACAAACAUAUCCUAAAAAUUUAAUUAUCUAAAGUUACAGGUAUAUGUGUAAAGUGUUCCCAACUAUUAUUAAAUAAUUAUUAGUUAAGUUACUAAAAAUGGCAUCAAAUAUUGAGGUAGAGCCAGGAGCCACCAAAGAAAGUGUCUUAAUUCCUAGCGAAUGUUUAGAAAAUUUUGAUCAUAUGAGCUCUAGCUUAGAAGAAAUUAAAAGCGAGAAUAAUAGUUCUGUUGGCUCCACUUAUGAAGAAUCCAAUUUUGUAAAUAGUAAUACGGAUAAUUUCGAGGAUGCCAUCGAUAAAGAAGAGAAUGGAAGUACACCUGAGUAUGAUUUGGGAAAUAGUACGGAGUGGACUUCAAAGAAUAAGCAUAUAUUCGUGCUUAGUUCUGCCGGUAAACCAAUAUAUUCCCGACAUGGCAAUGAAGAUAAACUAGCUUGGUUGUUUGGAGUUAUGCAAGCUUUAGUCAGUAAUAUACAGUCAUCCGAUGAUACCUUGAAAAGUAUACAUGCUGGUGACACAUUAUUUGUUUUUAUGAAUAAGAAACCUUUAAUAUUAGUAGCUGUUUCAAAGACUGGAGAAUGUGUUAAUCAGCUUACGUUACAGUUAAAUUAUGUCUUUAACCAAAUAACCAGUAUGCUAACAUUGACCAGGUUAAAUAAAAUUUACGAACAAAGGCAAAAUUAUGAUCUUCGGAGGCUUUUAGCAGGUGGUGAAAGGUUAAUUGAUCAUCUGUUGGAUUUUUCGGAGAAGGAACCGGCAUUUUUUCUUGGUGCUGUACAGUGCCUUCCUCUUGCUUCUUCAGUUAGAGAUUCAAUCAGUUCAGCAAUAAUAGGUGCCUGUCAUAAAAUAAAAAACUUAGUGUUUGCAAUACUGUUAGCCAAGAAUCGCCUUAUCACAUUGGUACGUAUGAAAAAGUACUACCUCCACCCGUCAGACCUCCACCUAAUUUUUAAUUUAGUCCAAUCGUCAGAGAGUUUGAAAUAUUCUCAGCAUCACUGGACGCCGUUUUGCCUACCUCGUUUCGACGCUAGCGGUUUUCUAUAUGCGCACGUGUCUUAUCUCGCCGACGAUUGCCAAGCUUGUUUACUACUCCUAACUGUCGAGCGUGACGUUUGUGACGUAUUGAGCGAGGCAAAACAGAAAAUAGUGGAAAAGCUGCGCAGAAACAAUUGUUUGGAGCCGAUAAACGAGUCCAUAGCCACUCCGGAAGAGACAGCUGUCAACGCGGGUUUCGCCGAAAUCCGUCAUUACUUAUACAAAUGUAAAUCGACUGCGCAGUUUUACCAGCCCAGUCUAGCUCCACCGUAUAGUAAGGAGAAGAUGCGACUUAUCGAGAUUUAUAAGAGAUCCAAUCAGCAGCUGCAUAAUACUGCCAGGCCUCUAAAGCUUAUUUUUGAGCGGUCGGCAAACGAAGCAAUUUUUUCUUGGGAUACAACAGCUUUUGAGCUGUACGUUGUGUUUGAGCCUUUAAUAGAUAUAGCGUGUGCAAUAGAUUUUGUUACAAAGUUGUUAAAUUGGGUUAAGAAAAGAGAAGAUAAACUGUUCCAUUUAAAUGCUCCUACUUUUUAAUUUAAGAUUCUUAUAAUUCUAAUCUUGAAGUAUUUGUUACAACAAGAUUUAUUUUGUGAUAAUAACUAUUGUAUGAUAAAUAUACACUCUAAACACUGUA